UUUCAUUUGCUUAACAUUGGUCGACUAUUAUCAGGUGCUCCAUCACUACUAUUAUUAUUACUGCCAGCAUAGAACAAACCAGUUCAAUUUAUCAGCUCAUUAUCAUUAUUCGAAUAAAUAAUUUUUAAAAAAAACCACAGAUCAAAAUGACUAAACAUAAGUGAUUUUGAUUGGUGUUAUUAUUAUUAUUGCUGCUACUGUUACUCUUAUUAGUAUUAUCAUUAUUUCCUUCUAGUGGAAAUUUUUCUUUAUAUUUUCUUUAUCAUUUCAAAUUAUUCCUUAUAAAAUAUUGAUUAAUUUAUUGAUUCAGUUAUAAUAUUCAAUAACGAUUACAUUUUAAGAAUAUCUCUAUUAUUAUUAUGAUUCUAUUAAAAUUAUUUAUCAUUUAUCAAUGAAUAUUGUGAAUUGUUUCAUGAGGAAUUACAAAAUGAAUUGACCAUCUUAUAUCCCGAAUCACAAUGAUACCGGAUACCUGGAAAUAUUCUUUGCUGUUUCUAUUGACAACCAUCUUCUACAAUACAUUAAUCUCAGCAUUAUUUUAUCACGAACAUGUAAUACCAUCAUCGGAGAAACGUUUAAUUAAACAACUAAUUGAUAAUUAUGAAAAAGCUGGUAAAAUUGGACGCCCAGUAAAAAAUACUAAAGAUCGUGUAGUUGUUGGUUAUGGAUUGUCAUUAUUUCAAUUAUUAGAUUUAGAUGAGAAAAAUCAAAUAUUGACAAUAAAUGUUUGGGCAAAAUAUACAUGGAUUGACCAAUUACUUCGUUGGGAUCCAGCUAAUUAUUCAAAUAUACGUGAAGUACGAAUUCCACCAAGUGUGAUAUGGACACCAGACAUUGUACUUUAUAAUUAUGCUGAUGAACGUUUAAAAGAGAAACGUGAUGUUAUGUUAAAUGUUGAUUAUAUGGGUCGAGUAUUUUGGAGUCCACCAGCUAUAUUUAAAUCAAAUUGUCCAAUUGAUAUAAAGAAUUUUCCAUUUGAUUAUCAACAUUGUUUCUUAAAAUUUGCAUCAUGGACAUAUAACAGUGAACAAUUAGAUUUACAAUUUUUAGACAAUCGUACUGAAGUUGAUAUAGAUCAGUAUACGUCAAGUAAUGAAUGGUCACUUGUGGCUAGACCAGCAUAUCGAUUUGUUAUGUUAUCUGAUGAGUGCGGUAAAGAAAUACCAGAUUUAACAUUUUUCUUAUUCUUAAAACGUAAUCCUGCUUUCUAUGGAUAUUUAUUAGUGUUUCCAUGUGUAUUACUAAGUGUGAUUACAACAGUGAUAUUUUGGUUGCCACCACAAAUACCAGCAAAAAUGAUACUUAGUAUGAAUAUAUUUGUGGCAUUUUCGUUGUUAUUAAAAAUACUUGCUGUUUCUACACCAUCAGCUUCAACAAUAGUACCAUAUUUGGGUUACUUUUAUUGUUUAAAUAUGACAUUACUUAGUUUGUCAACAUUUGCUUCGACAAUUGUUGUACAUUUACACUUUCAACGAGUAAAAUCAAAACACGUACCACUAUGGCUUAUAAAGGUGGUUAGAUUUUUUGCUACAUUGUUACAUGUUUCGAAAUUGGAACCACCUGUAGUGGCAGAUACCAAUCAAAAACUGAGUAUUGUUGAAGCACAAAUUAAAAAUGCCAAGAUGAAACAAAGUAUAAAAUCGGAAAAUCUACUUGAUACAUGGUCAUCGAAUCAACAAUUUCCACCAUCUAAUCCGCAGUCAAAGUUGAUCCAUUCUGCUGGUGUAGAAACACAAUGGGAUGACAAUAAGAUUUUAUCUACUGAAGAGUAUCUUUUGAAUCCUAACGAAUUAUCUGUUCUACAAAAGCAACAACUUUCAAUGCUAUCAGAUGGUUCACGGAUAUCUUAUUCCACUGGUGUGAAUGGCUGCCAGUUUUCAAGUCAUUACUAUCCGAACCAAAACUACUUACAACAAAAAAGUUUUCCAUGGGGCGAUUAUGCUAUGAAUCAGCCAAAUGAAUCUGGAACAGCUAAUAUACAUGAUAAGUUGCUUAAAAAAUUCCUACAAUCUAAACAACAAUCAAGAAGAUCUACAAUUCAACUUGAGUUCAAUUUGGGUGACUUAUGUAAUGCAUUAAAACAAUUGAUGCUGAAAAUUGCUAAAAAAGAUGAAAUAGCUCAGCGUGAUCGCGAAUGGCGGUUAGUUCUAAUGACGAUCGAUCGUUUGUUUUGUUGGUUCUACUCCAUUGUAGUCAUUGUUGCAGGAGUGUACCUAUUGUUUCCUAGAGGGCGUUCGCAUACAGUCAACGAAAUUAUAGCAAUGCAUCAAGAAGCCUAUGAUAUACGAAAUCAAGCUGUUGCAAAGCAGUGUAUGAUGGGAUACUCCAAAACAAUAUAACACUUUGGGUGGAACCUCCCCACUUAACCUUCUCAUUGAGACCAUCUGGUUUAUUCACCUUGUUAUUUUUAGUUCGUAAUCGUUUACCUUAAUAUCAAUCGUUCAGUAUUUAAUGGCCUAAUUUUAAGGUUAAACAGUGUUCGCGUUAUGGAUUCAUUUUAUCCUUCAUGUUCUAUCAUAUUGAUUACCUGAAGUAGAAACUUUGUUUUAAAUCUACUGUACUCAAAUAUUUCUUCUUUCUAAACGAGGUUAUGCAUUUCUGAUUUUCCAUUUUCACUCAGUCAUUAACUUAGAAAAUAUUUAUUAAUUCAGUUUUUCUAUUUUGAAAAAGGUCUAAAAGUAUUUAAUCCCCUCAAGAACUAGUUUGAACAACGAAACUUCCAAUCACUGCAGAAACGAGUAUUUGUAUGGGUUGAAUUUUAAAGGAUUACUGACUACAUUUAUCUGUGUUAUAUCCUUAUGCUAUAAACCUGUACUUAUUACAAAAUAACUAAGUAUGGUCUGAUACUCUAUAUCGUAGCGCAAUUACCGAGAACAUUAGGUGGUUAAAAAAUUAUUAUUAACCUGAAUGCUGCAGUGUAUAUGUUAAAAUAAAAGAAUUACAUCAAAUAAUUCAUGGUCAUUCCCAACGCACACAUGUACUGUC